GUUAGAAGGCGCUGCAGCCUUUAGGAUCAGCUGAUUGGUAGAAAGUCGGUGAUGAUUUGUCUGUGUCGGUAUCAGGGAGAGUCCAUUCGUUCCAGAGGGGGACCAGCUGCUGGGUCACCGCCGCGUGUUACUAUGACCAACCAUGGAGAUGACUGCUACUUCUUCUACUACUCCACCUGCACCAAAGGAGACAGCUGCCCGUUUCGACACUGCGAGGCCGCCAUGGGCAACGAGACCGUCUGCAACCUCUGGCAGGAAGGACGCUGUUUCCGGACCGUCUGCAAGUUUCGCCACAUGGAGAUCACGAAAAACCGAAAGGAGAUUCCUUGUUACUGGGAGAAGCAGCCGGCGGGCUGCCAGAAGCCGCACUGCGCCUUCUUUCAUGAGCGACCUCGCUUUGUAGAGGGCAUCUUCGUCCCUCCAGAUAAAAUUCAGAGUAAAAGCGAGGAGCAGCCGGAAGAGGAGCCGGCGCCUCCUUCAUCUGCUCCUCCUCUUCCCCCCGCCAACACAGCCAAUCCUCAGCUCCGAGGAGUCAUCAAGACAGAAAGCCAGGAGCCGGUACCGAGUCCGACUCAUCCACCGGUGGUCAUUAAUCCAGUGGAUGAUGACGAAGACGAGGAGGAUCAGUUCUCAGAGGAAGGAGAGGACGGGAAAGUCGGAGCUUCUCCGAGGAAGUUCUCCAAAUCAGGAGACUCGCUGAACUUCGGCGUGAGCACCCUGGAGGAGAUACGUCUGAGGAAGGCCCUGAAGUCCAGCAUGAGGAGGGCAGGUUCUCCCAUCCACAGGCCGCAAACCACCAACGGAGAGAAGGAGAACAUCCAGGCGCUGUACCGGCCGGCCCACUCAGAGAUCAGAGGCCCAGUCAUCUUUGAAGAACAGCAGAGGCCGAGAGGCAGAGUGAUGGAGAGGCUCGGACGAAGGAUUUCCAGCGCUGAUUUUAAAAGCAUGGAGGGACCCCCCCUGAAGAAGAGUCUGGCUGAGCGUCUGGGCAGAACCGUAGAUGAAGAGCCGCCACCGGUUGGCACCCAGAAAGCCUUAAAGCCUGUUAAAGAACGACUGGGCUUGGUUCCUCCUGUUCGAGGCGCUCGCUCAGCUGAAGCUACAGCGGCGUCCGCUAAAGCUCCUGAACUCAUCCGCAUCAAAACUCUGGAGGAGAUCAGACAAGAUAAGGCGGCCAAAUCUUCGGGCCAGAAUGAUGCUCCUUCAGCCGCUGCAGCUGAGCUUCCUAAUACCGACCUAGUGAAGGGGAUCAAACGCUCCGUCACCGUACGAGGCGCCCAAGUCAGCCACGUGAAAACGUUCUCUGAGAUCGUCCGAGCAAAGAAAAGAAAACAGGAAGAGCAACAGAAUCAGAACCCCGACUCGAAGGAGGAGCAGUCGGUGGAGAAACCUGCAGGCAAGAGUCCUGAAGGAGCUCCAGAUGUGGAGAAGGUUCGGGUAAAAACCCUCGAGGAGAUCCGCAGGGAGAAGGCCGCCAGAGUCCAGGCUCAGCAGGCCGAAGCCAAGCAGAGCGCCGACGCGGAGCGCAGCGCUCCCAAGAGGCGCCAGCUGCUGCGAAUGAAGAAACCGCCGAGCCAACCGAGCGGCGGGACUCCUGAGACGACUCCGGACACGUCGGAGACGCCACGGAAAACCGCCGCAGCUCCAGCCGAGACCAUCAAGGUGAAGACCUUUGAGGAGAUCAUGCAGGAGAAGCGGCUUCGGAAACAGGAAAUGGAAGUUCAGGGGAAAAGCGCGGCAGAAGCCGAUUCAUCUGAGAACCCGCCUGCAGGCGGCACGCUUAAGAGGAAGCUUCCCGCUAAGAUCUGUCUAACAUCAGCCGAGUCUUCCUCACCGUCCGCUGCUUCACCUCCCAGCCGUCCUGUUCGGAAACUCCUCUCCCUCAAACCGCGAGCGCCUUCACCCAUGGCGACGCCGCCUUCUGCCGGGCCAUCAGCCGGGGACCGCAGUCCUCCUCAGCAGCCCGUGUCUCAGAGCCCAUCCACGGACGCCGUGGACAGAACCCAGACCUGCCCAGCGCCGCACCCGGCAACCCAGCUGGGUGGAAAAUCCGCUCAGGCUGCAGACGAUCGGGCAGUGGAGAACUUGGCGGACGGCAGCAAGACCAGAGCGGUCUGCUCUAAAGUGAGGCCUAAGCUGAACGUAAGGCCGUCGGUAGUGAAGCCUGCAGGGCGGCCGGCGCCUGCAGGGCAGAGGAAGAGAGGAGCGGAUGCUUCUGCCGUGGCGGCUGUUAAACCCAUGAACAGCAGCGCUGCUCAUCAGUCUUCCAACAAAGAGGCUGAGCUGCCGCCUGCUGUGCCCCCCACUGCCCCCCACCAGGGAGAGGAGCUUCAGCCCGCCCCCGUCUCUGCUCAGCUUCACGGCAGAAACCCCACAGCAGCCGCCAGCGGAGCGGCCGACCCAGACACCCAUCCAGGCCCGCAGAGUCCGGGUCUGAAAAGUCCCACUCAGUCCAAACCGCGGAGGCCCAGCAUGGCGGCGUCCCGCACCACCUCCAGCACCGACGCCUCCGUGGACGACUUCGAGACCCUGAUCAACCAGUUCACCGACGACCACCUGGAGGAAGACGUGGACCCGGCCAUCGGGGAGGACGACCUGCUGCAGGAGCUGUCAGAGAUGAUCGACAGCUGAGAGAAUCCGCCGCAUCUCCAACCUGCUGCCAUCACUUUAUAUUUACACCCGUAUGGAGAUAUAUGAACAAAAAAAAAACUUCUCUUAAGUAUUUUCUUCACAUUUAUUAGUUUUUAGACCUCCUCCCUUUAGAGACCAUUCUGUCUGAUUACCUGCAGAUCUUUUAUGUUACUGUGUCCAACUUCUUUGCUCCUGACGUCUAAAGAAGGCGAGAGAAUAGCUGUGGGCAGGAGCUGCAGUGUCUGGGAUUCUGGGAGGGAAGCACCAUCUUAGGGAGAAGUGUUGUUAUCUGUAUACUGUGUAUGCAAAUGGAAAUCAGUUGAGAUGUAGAACUUCUGGACAGAACACCUCUGCUGGUCUUUUCUUUAUGUCCCUGUGGAUACCUGAGCUGUUCCUCAUCCACUUCCUGUUUAAUGGAUUAAAUGCAUCCUCAGUUCCCUGUGUUUGAAGUCGGCAUCCCAGCUCCUCGGCUCCAUUUCAGACACCUUUUAUCCAGAACACUCUACAAGAACCCAGUCACAUCCACAGUACUCUGCGUACCUCAGGGAGUCUUUGUGAUGUUUAUGUUCUGUAGAAGAAACACUUGGUUUUAGUUUUAUUUUAGGAAUGGUAGUGGAUGGACUGCUGUUUUGAUUAUGUGUGUGUGCGUUUGCUCUUCCAUGACACUUUGUUACUAUCUUAAAAUCAUUCAUGUAAAUAAAAGAUGCUUUUAAUGACAAGUUGGAGACUGAUUGGUUUCAGUUUUAUAACAACACUGCUCUCUCCCUGUGGUAACACCUUGUACCUAGAGAUAUAAAUGUCCAGCUUUAAUAUAUUUCCUCAAUAAAAGAUUGAGAGGAGAACAUUUCAAAGCCACAAUAUCUUUCUCUUGUGUUAAAGAACUAAUGGAAAUAAAAAGGC